AUGCCCUUAAUAGUGGCCGAUUACUUGCCCAGGCUGUCGACAAGAACUCUCAUGGCCACCUCGCUGGCCAUGCGGCUCGGAUUCCUGCUUUUUGGGAUCUAUCAAGACGCAUAUAUGGACCUUCCAUACACAGACAUAGACUACUUUGUCUUCACCGACGCUGCCAAAUUCGUGUUCAAUGGCCAAUCGCCUUACGCAAGAGAUACAUACAGAUACACGCCGCUACUGGCGUGGCUUCUUCUUCCGACCAAUUACUGGUUUGAGUACGGAAAAGUGCUAUUUGUGCUCUGUGACCUCGUGACAGGGUACCUCAUCAUAAAAGUCUUAGACAAGGCCAGAAAAGAUAAGGCAUGGAGCAUUCUGUGGCUGUGGAACCCAAUGGUGGCCACAAUCAGCACCCGCGGAAGCUCAGAAAGUGUUUUGACCAUAGUGGUCAUGCUGAUCACAAACUUCACGCUUAGCAACCAAUAUGCUUUGGCAGGACUAUGCACGGGCUUGGCUGUCCACCUCAAAAUCUAUCCACUCAUAUACAUCCCAGCAAUUCUUCUGACUAUUGACAAACUGCAGCCAUGGCACCAGCCUGUGACCAGAACGAGAUUGGUCUUUGUGCUGACAUCUGCACUCGGCUUUGGUGUUCUUACAGCUCUCAUGUAUCACAUAUACGGCGACGAGUAUUUGCAGGAGGCAUAUCUAUACCACUUGAGCCGGAUAGACCAUCGCCAUAACUUCUCAGUCUACAAUUUGACGUUGUAUUUCUCGUCCUACCAGGGAUUUUCCUCGCUACCACUUUUCCAGAAAUACGGAGUUCACAUUGAAAAACUGGCCUUCUUGCCCCAAUUGGGUCUUUCAAUGGUGCUCAUACCUCUAAAGCUUGCCAACAUCGACCUUGUUGGCUGCUUCUUUGUCCAGACAUUUGCAUUCAUCACCUUCAACAAAGUGAUCACGUCACAGUAUUUCAUCUGGUGUCUGUGCUUUUUGCCCAUAUACACGGCCAAUUCGACCAUAAAACCUACAACGACCGUAUUCCUACUCGCUGCGUGGAUUGCAACCCAGGGACUAUGGCUAUGGAACGCUUACCAGCUGGAAUUCCUAGGUAAACCGGACAUUUUCACUACAGGCAUCUGGCUCAGCAGCUGUUUGUUCUUCGUCUGCAAUUGUGUGCUCCUCAUGGCCUUUGCCAACGACCUGGGUGCCCAAAAGCGGGCUCAGCGGCAGAAAAAGAAGCGUUGA